GGUUUCCUGGUUCCAUUGUUACUAUUCUACUGUAGCCAGUAUUUUCGUAACCUGACACUCUGACACCAUGAGCAGUCGACGUUCGUCCGGGACAUCGCCUCUGCUGCAACAAGGCAGUAGUACACUGAGCAGCCGAUCGUCUUCGCCCGACGAGAAUACUGUGUCGAACUAUCUGUCUGCCAGUGACCUUCCUGUGGGCAAAUUCAAUGGGUACCAAAUUUGGGAUCGUGAUCCCACCUCGGAAACUCUCAAGAUUUUUUAUACUGGUCUCACAGUCUUGGGUCUGCUGUACAUGAUCUUUUCAGCGGCUGUCAUUACGACGCUGUUUCGUGUGGAUACUAGUUGGGACCACACACAUGGCUUGGACUUCCAGAAUAAAAAUGUGCUAUUGGGCUUUCCGGAAUUGAUUUCCGCCACCUUGAAUCUUCCCCUGGCCAAAGUUUGGACCAUACUGUACACUACCCUGGGCGUCUAUGGCUUGUUGGUUGUGGCCGACAUUGUAUUAGGCUUCACAAGUUCCAGCAGCAACAACAACAACAAACGCACACAUCCAUGGCCGACGGCCUGGAAGACGGACAAUACCCUGUGCUACCACGACAUGUUUGCAGAACCAACCCGGUUUGGACGGCUAUUGAGACGACCCGGCAAUACGCUCUCCAAUGGUACCUACUUGUUGGCAUCCUUGUGCGUUCUCUGGUCGAGUCUCUUUCACCGCCAGAGUGUCUUUUGGAUGUCGGACAUCCUCUACGGGAUCAUGCUAUUUCUCCUCGCCGUCUUUUCCAAUCUGUGGCACGCAUCCAAUGCACCCUGGAGUCAAUAUCCUGAUCUUUGGUCCAUGGAUAGCUGCAUUUGUUAUCUCAUUCUUCGUGAUGCCUGCUUUGGUGCCAUGUACCUAUUGCAAAAGGUAAUACCGGACUAUCAACCGCAAACGAUUGCUGCCGUGGCGUGUCUGCUGAUUUACACUGGCGCCAUUGCGGCACUCGCCAAGCACAAUUACGGAUUCUUUCAAAAAGGUUGGUUGCACGGGCAUUGUCCAUUUUCGGCUCGGGCACGGUUGACGGGCAAGGGAGAUUUGUUUGGUGCCGGACAAAAGGAUUUGCACGUGGUGACGGUGUGUGCCUUUGCCGCUUUGCCGGUGUACUACACGGCCCUUCCCACUUUGAUCAAUGUGACGUUGGCUCGUUCGACGGGAUCGGUGACAGCCACCAAUUGGGCCUUUCGAUGCUUGGUCAUCGGAUGGACCUAUCGGAUGUGGGAACGAUGGGUGAUGGAUGGUUGUGUCUUGAUGAACUGGUUUCGUCCGCCGAAAGGCAAUACGAAUAAUAGCAGCAGCAAACCCAAUCUGUUGCAGACGAUUGGUGCUGCCAUUUGUUCUCCUACGGCAGUCAUGCACUUUUUCACCGGGAUCACACUCUUGACGGGGUACAUGCAUGCCCGGUCGUGUGAGUGAGUAUGGAUGUUGCAUGAAAACGGAAGAUUCUUCAUGCAUACAGUGUAUGUGCUGAAGUUAUAGUAGAUAAAGUACACAGAUAGUAGCUAGAACACUCACAACAGAUUGCAUGGGCCUUUGCAAUAUUGUUUUGUUCUGGCCAAUUUGGGCAUUUGUUCCACCACUUGCUGAGGCGCAAACUGGUUCACUGUGAAUGGAUAUUAUAGAACGAUAACAAGCCUUUACAUUGUGUCGCUCAUGGCUGCUUCCGUUGGUGAAUGUUAGUAAGGCAGAUGGCGCAUGCAUUGAUGUUUCUACAAGAUGAGGGGGCUCUCUGAAGCAGGCACCAGGUUGUCAAUAAACGAGAGCACUUCUGCCUCCUCCGUGGCAUCUUGCGUCCAUUCUUGAACCAAUGGAUGUGAUGUCACCGUUUUAAUGUAUUGCUGAGACUCGGGAGAGAUGUGCUCCACAAUCCCGUAGGACACAAACCGAAGAGCGACCGGAAUGAACAUCAAAUCGGCAAUGCAAGGAUCCUUGCCAAACAACCAGGGACCCUCCGCAGCAACGGAAAGACGACAAGUUUUCCAAAUCUCAUCCACACGGUCAAUUUGUGUCUUGCAGAGUGCCGUGAGUUUGUUUUCCGUCAUUAAUUGUCGUCUCACCUUUAGGUUUUGGGGCAGCUCAUCGCGAAUAGCCAGGAAGCCAGAGUGCAUUUCGUACGAAAUGGAUCGGGCCAGAGCCCUGGCAACCUUGUCUUGCGGCCAUGCCACUGCCGUGGAAGGAUGGGUCUCCAGGAUGAAUUCCAUAAUGGCAAGAGAAUCCCACACGGACAUUUCUUGAUUUUGAACGACAGCAACCAAGACGGGGACUCGACCGGCGGGAGAGUGUUCCAACAACUUUCCCUUGUAGCCGGGGACAAAGAGCGGGAUGCGGAUCUCUUCAAAAUCAACAUCGGCAAGCUUGAGACACAGCCAUGCCCGAAGCGACCACGACGAAUAGUUCUUGUUGCCGAUAAUCAACUUGUAUGGUGUCGUCAUGGUGUCACUGGCAGAAAAACUGAAAGCAGGUCCAAUCUCAAAAAGAAGGAAACAGAACAGCGACCCAAUCAAAGGAAACCCAAAGACCAGUCUCUUCCGCAAC